UUGGCUCUGCCUUUUGUAACAAGGAAAAAGAGUGAAUCUGUUUGCUUCCAAACCUUUUCUUCUGGAGUCCCCGACCCCUAACUCUAUACUGUCAAGCUUUUCUCAUUUGGGCAAGAUAAUCACUCAGGAUUCUUCUACUUCCUUACCCACCUCUAAGUCUUGUCGCUACCCCCCAUCCCCAAACAGGUUAGUGGUAGGGCGGGCCUGUGAGGCAGAUGGCUGGGGUAUUUAUAACCCAGGAGCUCUUCUUGGGAAAAGUGACUAAGAUGCUAAGAGCAUAUUUAUAGCUGGGUUCUGACGUAAGUGUCAGUGGGGGGGGUAGGGCCAGGCCAGGCACAGCAGCAAGAGGGUAGGAAGAGCUGGAAAUUGGGGGCACCUGACAGAGAGGGUAGGUGAGAGGUGGGGUCAGCAACUCCUGCAGCCACUUCUUGCUGCUUCCCUUGGCUCUGUCUCCUGGCACCAACAGGUAAGCCCUCUGAAACACUGCCAUGGGUAGAAACCUCUACUUUGGAGUUCUACAGUCCAGACCCCAGGGGUUGGAGGGCUGUCACCAGCCUGACCAACAGAGAGGGAAGCUGGGAGCUGGGGAGAGCACUGGACAGAGGGGCUUGAGUGUUUCGGGACAUGGGUAGAAAUGCAGGGUGGACAGGAGGGUCUAUGAAGUCUCACUGUCCCUUCUCUCUGCUCCUCACUACAUGGUGCCCUGAGUUUCUAGGAAGAGCCUUGCACCCAUCACCAAGCUCCAUUGCCACCUGUCAGUGCAAUGAGAUCCAAAGCCAAAGGUAUCAGUGACGUGGGUCCUCAUCUGCUCUCUGGCAGUGGCCAGUUGAGAGAGCAGAAGGACCAGCUUCUCUUCUGUUGGAGAGUCAGAGUCCCCUGAGUGAGAGGAUUGGGAAGCGCUGCAUCUCUCUGCUCACCAGAGUUAGCCCCUUCUCUGGGAAACUGGUCAACUCUAAGCCAGCUGCUGUCCAGUAGCUCCGCACUGCCACAUGGUGGACAUUAACGGUACUGACACCCAGCCCCCAAAGCACCACCUCUCUCCGCCAGAUCUAGCAGUCUCUCUUGACAGCCCCCACUGGCUGAAUAGUGGAGAGAUGUAUAAAAUGGAAUGGGGGCACAUUUCCAAAUCACACUCACAUCCUCCCUUCUUCUUGAAGAAACUGGGGCAUAAGGAGAAAGGCUAGCAUGAGGCCUUCCCUUUGAGUUCAAGGUGAAGGGGACUUGGCCCUCCCAUUUCAAAUCAGUAAGGAAGUGUGGUUAAGUAGGGCUGGAACUGCAACUAAGGUUGCCGCACUCUUUCUGUUUUGCUCUACUCUUAAAAGCCCUUACACCACCCAUUUCCCACUCCAGUUCACAGAGCCCUGGCACCAUCUCUAGGAUGUGCCACAUUUAGGCAACUCUCACAGUCCCCUGCAAGAGAACCAGCAGCUGGCUAUGGCCCUCCCAAGUCCCAUGCCCUCUGCCAGCCUGAAUGGACUCUGUCUUCCUCUAAGAUUGCAUCACCCUUGCCCCCCACCUCUCUGGGCUUUCCCAGACAUCACAGUAACAUGCCAACCCCGUGCCUCUGCCCUCCUCCACACUGUGCUCCAGUCCAACUGGACUCUGGGCAGCCAGCACAGGCAGGGUCAAGGGGUGACUUCUGUGCCCCGUGGCACUGCCACCUUGGCCUGGGCAAAAGGACUCCGUCCCUCCCACCCCCUCUCCCCAACCUCUCACCCCUGCCACAGAUCCAUAGCUAGAAAUAGAGACCUGAGCUCUCCUUCUUGCCCAGAGACCCUAGAGAAAUAACCACUGGAACUCACAGCUGCAUUGUGGAAACUGCUGCAGCUGUGGCCACAGAAUGACCUAGAAAGGCUGAAGGGAUGACAGGAAAUUGCCCUGCCCCACCUUGCUAUAUGGAGUUCCCUCCCCCAAAUCCCAGACCUUGAGGACUGACCAUGUGAAAUCAUCCUCUUUCUUGCAUCAUGCAUGUCCACAUUGCCCCCCAACCCCCAUACCCCUACUUUAAUCUCAGUGACCAGGGCCAGAUGGUGAAACCUGAGCUCCAGGGGCGGGGUGGUGGGGGCAUCCACCCCCUGCAGGGGCUUGAUAGGCAGCAGAGCUGGCCAAUCUGGGGCUCAGAGGGUAGGUCUGCCAGCUGACCACGAGGUGAGGGAGCCCCAGGCUUCAGGUUCUAAAGAGGCUCCAGUCAGUAACCAGACUUGAGCUGUGAGGGUCAAACUGGCAGACUGUGCUAAACAAUCUGCUACCCAUUGGACCAUCCACUUUCUGCUAGGCAAUAGAAGACAGGUGGCUCUACCCUUGGCUAAGGGUAGGUGUGGCACUGGUGUCUGCUGCUGCUGUGCCCUCAUUAGCCUCUCCACAAAAUCAGACUCAACACAAGGAGCAACUGCCAACCGAGGCUCUUGUGCUGACCCAGGGCCCUUCACCAGGAUCAUGAGGGUCCCUGGUGUUCAUCUCCAGCUGGUGCUGCUGUGGGUGCUGCUGUGGACACUGGUGGCACAGGGGGCAAGGUCUGUGUGUCCCUCCUGUGGGGUCCCCACACUGCCACCCCAAGCAGAACGAGCUCUGGUCCUGGAGCUAGCCAAGCAGCAAAUCCUGGAGGGGCUGCACCUGACCAGUCGUCCCAGGAUAGCUAAUCCGCCACCCCAGGCAGCACUGACCAGAGCUCUCCGGAGACUGCAGCAGGGGAGUGUGGAUCCGACGAAUGGGGAGGAAGUCAUCAGUUUUGCUACUGCCACAGACUCCUCCACUUCAGUCGGCAGCUCCACGCUCACCUUCCACCUGUCCACUCCUCGGUCCCACCAUCUGUACCACGCUCGCCUGUGGUUGCAUGUGCUCCCCACCCUUCCGGGCACUCUUUACUUGAGGAUCUUCCGAUGGAGCCUAAGGAGGAGGCACAGAGGGUCCCUCUCCUUCCUGGCUGAACACCAAAUUACAACCCCUGGCUGGCAUGCCCUAAUUCUGCCCUCUAGUGGCUUGAGGGGUGAGGAGUCUCCUGUCCUGAGACUUCAACUGGACUGCAGACCCCUAGAAGGCAACAGCACAGCGGCUGGACAAGCUCAACGGCUCCUGGACACAGAGGGAAACCAGCGGCCCUUCCUGGAGCUUAAGAUUCGGCCCACUGAGCUGGGAGCAGGCAGGGCCAGGAGGAGGACUUACACAUGUGAGCCUGAGACACCCUUAUGCUGUAGGCGAGACCAUUAUGUAGACUUCCAGGAACUGGGAUGGCGGGACUGGAUCCUGCAACCUGAGGGGUACCAGCUGAAUUACUGCAGUGGGCAGUGCCCCUCCCACCUGGCUGGCAGUCCGGGCAUUGCUGCCUCCUUCCAUUCUGCUGUCUUCAGUCUCCUCAAGGCCAACAACCCUUGGUCCUUGGGUACCUCCUGCUGUGUCCCUACUGCCCGAAGACCUCUCUCUCUCCUCUACCUGAACCGUGAUGGCAAUGUGGUCAAAACAGAUGUGCCAGAUAUGGUGGUGGAGGCCUGUGGCUGUAGCUAGCAAGAGGACCUGAGGAUUUGAAGUAAAGAAAUCAAGUUGGGAAUUCCUAGGUAAAGGGCAUCUGUGGCUGGAGGCAUCAGAUUCCUGAUCUGCACCCUCAUCCAAUGGGCCACCUGGUGGUAUGACUGGGCUGACCCCCAUGAGACCCAAAUGGACACUUUAUUGUCCAGAUUCUGGUCUAUUCCAGGCUGACCGAUGUGUGGAAAGAUGGGGAAAGUGUGUCUUCUGAAGGAAUCUACCCAGAAAGCAUGAUUUCCUACCCUAAGCUCUAU